UGCUUAAAUUUUUAUCAGGUAUGGUUGGAGAAUUUUGUUUUGGAUCAACUAAUAAACCCCUAGUUGAUGUUUUCCUGUAUUUUCAUCACUUGUCUGCUAGGUUUUGUAUUGAUAUUUUCAGGUGAAAUUUUGUUUUGGUUGCCCAUGGGAGUUAUUAAAAGGGUUGACAGGAGGUUGUUCGAACAUAUUUGCUGGUGUUGUUAAUCAUUUCAAACGGUCUGAUGGGCUUCUUUGGAUGUGAAGUUGCAUCAGGUUCCCUAUAGGCUCCUCGUAAUCCUUUUGUUAUUGAGAACUUAAAGCUUUGAGUAUGUUAAUUUGCAUAAACUAAGUUCCUUCAAAAAUCAUCUGUGCAUUGAACACCCUUGCAGGUUAAUGUAAAUAGGAUGUCUCCAACAGAGAGCUCAUCCAAAAGAGAGGCACAGACAUUCAACACAAGAAUACUCAUGGGCAGUGAUGAGGUUUGUUCAAGUUCUAUACUGUUGUCUAGUUCUGCGUAAACUCCAUCAGUCUCAGAGGUGAUCAAAUGCAUCUUCUCUGUGGGAUAUGAACUCAUUGCUAAGUAAAUAGAUGGCAAGAAUUUAGGAAAUUAUCAACUACAGAACACAGUAAAUUUACUGGUGACCAGUACCAAAUUCACUGAGCUAUCAUACAGGGAAAUGUUUAAGACUUCAUAAUCUUAGCAGGUUUUCUGUAAGCCUGCGGAGCAGGCGUAAGCAGGCAAAGGUAAUCAAGUGCUCAGUGUUUUAUUAGGGAAAGUUAUGGCCCCCUUCCUUUAAUUAAAUGACAACAGAAGGCUGUGGAGAGAAAGAAAAGGGAAAAGGGAAAAAGGGAAAAAAAGGAACAAGAAAAGACUGCAAAAAAAGUCACAUUUUCAUGCUCACUAAAUUAAUUAAUAGGCUAAUAAAUAUAAUGGGUAAUUUAGUGUUAACAACUGAGUUGAAAACGUAAAUUAGACACCGUAAAGGGUAAAAAAGCUGAACUUUCUAGCAUUAGCCCUUACCCCUUUAGUAAAUACAGUGGUCUACCAUGUGUAGUCUUUUAAGGUGUAUGAAGAAAUUCACUCUAAAUACUGUCAAUGAGUGGAAAAUUAUUCAUGAUUACAACAGGUUUUUGAGAGGAUGGACUGUUACUGACAGAAGGUUAAUAUCACUUCAUUCAUUGAUUUAUGUUUGUAUUUAUUUUUUAACAUGUUAUUAUAUUGCAGGAAAUCUGGCAUGUUUAUGCUAAACAGAUCGGAGCCCUUAUAACUGAGCAUGCCAGCAAACCAGUUCUUUUGGGGAUUUCCCUCAAGAAACAUUCACCACAGAUACUACAGCAGAUUUUAAAACUGCUUGAAACAAAUAGAGUCUGGUGAUAAAGUUUACCUGUCUUAGACAGGAAAUGUACAGAUUCCUACACAACAAUAAUUAUUGCAAUUAUUUACAAAUGAGUCUGAUAAAUUUCUGGACAGUGAAAAGUUUAAAUCUCAAGCUUGUUACUCCAUGACAUAGCUGUGAGUAUCAAAACAAGAGCAUAUAAUGCAGAAAAGCCCAUAAUCAUUGAUUUUGGAGCCUUUCAAUCCAAUCAUUAACCGUCAUUCACUUUUAAUAUAUAUAUUUUUAAAGUUUCAUCUUAUAUGAAGUACUUUUUCUUCAUGUAAAUACAUAAUACAACUAAUAACUCAACGGAAAAUGUUUUGUUAAAUUAGGUAAUAAUUUCUUCUGCCAUCUGUAUAACUUUCAAAUUAAUGCUUCUCUUUCUUCCUUUGGACAUUAUAAAACACUAUAAGUUGAGCCUGAUGGCAGCAAGUUGAGGAAGUCAGUGCUGCACUAUGAACCAAAUGGCAGUUGUUAUCUUUCAAUGAAUAGCUUCUAAACUUGGAUGUAUUUGACAAAACAAACUACAGAUAAUCUGUUUUUAUGAUUUUGUACACAAUUUACAAUGUUCUCCUUUUAGAUCCAGGCCUUACUUCUGUUUAUUUAAUAUUACC